AUGCCUGUCGUAAGUCCAGAAAAGCUCAUCGGGCUUCAGCGCAAUGCCGAUGAAGUCAGAAAUAUCUGUAUACUCGCCCAUGUCGACCAUGGCAAAACCUCCCUCACCGACGCCCUCAUCGCCACCAAUGGCAUCAUCUCCCCUAAACUCGCCGGCAAAAUCCGCUAUUUAGAUUCCCGCCCUGAUGAACAGCUCCGCGGCAUCACAAUGGAAUCAUCAGCCAUCUCUCUCUACUUCUCUUUACUCCGUCGCUCAGCGCCGGAAGCUUCUCCUGUGCAGAAAGAGUAUCUAAUCAAUCUAAUCGAUUCACCCGGCCAUAUCGACUUCAGUAGCGAAGUCAGCACGGCGAGCCGAUUAUGCGACGGAGCGCUCGUGCUUGUUGAUGCGGUAGAGGGUGUUUGUAGCCAGACUGUCACGGUGCUGCGGCAGACGUGGACGGAGCAUUUGAAGCCGCUUUUGGUUAUCAAUAAGGUUGAUAGGCUGAUUACAGAACUCAAGAUGAGUCCUGGGGAGGCAUUUACGCAUCUGAGUAAGCUACUAGAGCAAGUGAAUGCGGUGAUUGGGAGUUUUUUUCAGGGUGAGAGGAUGGAAGAGGAUCUGCAGUGGAGGGAGAGGGUUGAGCAACGGGUCGCUGCUGCGGCAGCGAAAGAGGUCGAGAGGGCGGAGAGGAAGGCUACAAAGGGGUCUGUGACUGAAGACUCGGAAAGUGUUGCUACGAGUGGUACUACUGGUGAGUUUGAGGAGAAAGAUGAUGAGGAUCUCUACUUUGCUCCGGAGAAGAACAAUGUCAUUUUCAGCAGUGCUGUCGAUGGGUGGGCUUUUACCGUCCGGCAGUUUGCUUCGCUCUAUGAGAAGAAAUUGGGCAUCAAGCGCUCCAUUUUAGAAAAAGUUCUCUGGGGAGAUUUCUAUCUGGAACCCAAGACGAAGAGAGUAUUGGGCUCUAAGCACCUGAAAGGUAGAGCGCUGAAGCCGAUGUUCGUGCAACUGGUUCUUGAUAACAUCUGGGCUGUUUAUGAAGCCACUACAGGUGGAAGCAAAGGCAAAGGAGAUCCGGCAACGGUUGAGAAAAUCACAAAGUCGCUCUCUCUCAUAAUACCGCCGCACGUACUACGUUCGAGGGAUCCCAGAGCUAUUAUGACUACAGUCUUUUCCGCAUGGCUGCCUUUAUCGACUGCUGUCCUAGUGUCAGUCAUCGAGCAUCUCCCUGCUCCGCCAGCGGCGCAAGGGAGCCGUCUCCCUGCACUGAUUGACGCGUCACCCGGAGCAAAACAUGUUGAUCCAAUGAUUCGGGAAGCAAUGGUCAAUAUAAAAUCGAGCGAAGAUGACCCAGUGGUAGCCUACGUCAGCAAGAUGGUAGCAGUGCCUGCAAGCGAAAUGCCGCAGAACAAGCGAAAAGGAGGUGGUGCCAUGACAGGCGAGGAGGCAAGAGACCUAGCUCGAAAAAAGCGAGCAGAGUUUGAGAAGGCCCAGGCAGCUGUGAACGGAGAAGCCGAUCUCAACGGAAUGACGCAAGCCCUUGAUGAGUCAAAUCUGACCGACGCCAAUGGUGACAAUGCGAUAGGCGAAGUGAAAGAAGACCCAGAAUAUUUGAUUGGCUUUGCAAGGCUGUACUCAGGAACCCUUUCUGUUGGUGACUCCGUCUAUGUUCUCCCACCCAAAUUCUCACCAGCCUAUCCGCAUAAUGCGCCUGAGCCUCAGAAGGUCAUAGUCACUGGCUUAUACCUACUUAUGGGCCGAGGACUCGAAGCAUUGACCUCUGUACCCGCGGGUGUUGUCUUCGGCAUAGGCGGUCUUGAAGGUCAUGUCUUGAAAUCCGGUACCCUCUGCAGCCAGCUCGAGGGCGCUGUGAAUCUUGCUGGCGUCAAUAUGGGAAGCCAGCCAAUCGUUCGCGUUGCGCUUGAGCCGGUCAAUCCUGCUGAUCUGGAGAAGAUGAUUAGGGGGAUGAAGUUGCUUGAGCAAAGUGACCCUUGCGCGCAGUACGAGGUGCUGGAGAGUGGCGAGCAUGUGAUAGUGACAGCUGGGGAGUUGCACCUUGAACGAUGUCUAAAGGAUUUGAGAGAGAGAUUUGCGAAAUGUGAGAUCCAGGCUGGAGAGCCCAUUGUGCCAUACCGAGAGACAAUUGUGAGUGCUACUGAGAUGUCACCACCCAAGAACAAAGACCUCCCACGAGGGACCGUUAUUGGUGUCACGACUUCAAAGCAAGUUACGGUGCGUUUGAGAGUCAGACCCCUGCCGGAUGCCGUGACAGAGUUCUUGCUGAAGAAUGCUGGAGCAAUACGGCGACUUUAUUCUGAAAGGAAAGAGCAAGAAGAGGGCAAGAAAAGAAUGACGGCAGAAGGGGAAAACGUAGAAGAGCAAGCUGAAGCCGACGAGAUACCGGUGGCCGCCACUGGGAUGCUGUCUCUAUUGGACUUCAGAGAAGAGCUUCGAUCUGUCUUCGCUGAGGCAAAAGGCCAGGAGCACAUCUGGGCUGAUGUAGUCGAGAAGAUCGCAGCGUUUGGUCCGCGACGAACAGGGCCGAAUCUGCUCAUCGAUGCUACCCAAGACGGGACAUGCCAAAGAUUUCUCCAAGAAACCCACGAAACCCCCGUGACCGACCUCGGAGCCAACAACGACGCCAACAGUAGACCGAACCCCGACACCCUCACCCCGCGAGACUUUUCCGACAAGAUAUCCUACGCAUUCCAACUAUCCACAGCCCAAGGCCCCAUGUGCCACGAACCGAUGCAAGGUGUCGCCGUCUUCCUCGAAUCCGUCACCGUUUCCGCCCCCUCAGACGACGAAUCCUCCGCGCGCGAGAAGCUCGGCCGCCUGACAGGCGAAACGAUCAAAACCGUCCGCGACGCCAUCCGCCAGGGCUUCAUGGACUGGAGUCCCCGCCUCAUGCUCGCCAUGUACAGCUGCGAAAUCCAAGCCUCGACCGAGGUCCUCGGCCGCGUCUACACGGUCCUUUCCCGGCGCCGCGGCCGCAUCCUCACCGAGUCCCUCAAGGAAGGCACGCCCUUCUACCUCAUCUCCUCGCUCCUGCCCGCCGCCGAGUCCUUCGGCUUCGGCGACGAGGUCCGCAAGCGCACGUCCGGCGCCGCGCAGCCGCAGCUCGUGUUCUCGGGCUUCGAGCUGCUGGACGAGGAUCCGUUCUGGGUGCCGCAGACGGAGGAGGAGCUCGAGGAUUUCGGCGAGAAGGGGGACCGCGAGCGGGUUAGCAGGCGGUAUGUGGACGGGGUGAGGGGGAGGAAGGGGUUGGUGGUUAUGGGGCGGAAGUUGGUGGGGGAUGCGGAGAAGCAGAAGACGUUGAAGAGGUAG